GGGGAUCUGGCAUUAGAGUGACUUUGGAGAGAUAAGGAGAUGACUGAGAAGGCCAAAGUGAAAAGAGAAAGAUUUGUGAUGUAGGUGGAGUUAGUGUGGAUCAGGGGAGGGCGAGGAAAGAGAGUUUGAACAUGUGCAGUGAAGCGUGAGGACGGAGUGAGGACAGAGUUGCACUGGGUUAGCAGAAGAGAGAGCAGACGCACCACCACCACCACCACCACACAGCAGUAACAGAGAAAGGAAGUGAGAUAACCGGCUUGGGAAAUGACUGUGUGAAUUAUUAGUUGUUCUCUUCAGACUGGCUGAGGUGUUCCUACACAGAAAUGAACGGUGAUGGCAGCAAACAGCGUUAUGUGUCAACCUUCAGCAUGCACAUCAAGCCGGCCCGUGCAUCAUCUGCACCACCAGGGAACGGACCAGGGGCUGUCGACACCAGAGACACAGGUACUACUGACACAGGUACUGACACAGGUACUGACAUAGGGUCUGUUAACAUCUCCUCUCGUAAACGUCUGGAUCCCCCCGUCUUCAUAGAGCCUCUGCAGGACUGCUGCGUGGACGAAGGAAAUGACAUCACACUGCGGGGGGUUCUCACCGGAAGUCAGCCGAUCAAAGUGUCGUGGUUGCACAAUGGUGAAGUGGCUCGUUUUGGGACUCCUACCUUCAACGGCAAGGAGAUGAGUUUUGUGGUGAGGGAGUGCUUGCCGGAAGAUGCUGGCGCCUACACCUGCUUGGCGGAGAACAGUGGAGGGAAGACGUCCUGCUGCGCUGCUGUGUUCGUCAGAGACUUUGAAACCAUCUGCGGUGUGCAGAAUCGUGUCCCAGACGUCCAGACUUCUGCAUCCAAGAGCAUUGUGGAGAAUGGAAGGUCACCGCAGUCUCCCAAAGACGAGCUACACAAGUUCAGAGGAUCUAUUUGUUCUUCCCCUAAGCUUAGCCCAGCCUCAACUCCAAGAGAAGUCGUCCCAAAGAAGAGAGCCAACUCAGGGAAAGGUCCAGCAUUACAUUUCGUAAACCCUCCACAGCACCUCGAGGUGAAGGCGGGACAAACUGCACGAGUGACGUGUUUUUUCACCGGCAGUCCUCCUAUAGUGUCAUGUUGGAUCAGAAACAAAGAACAGAUAGUGGAUGGUCCAGAGCUGUGGUCAGAAAACAAAGAUCGGAGCAGUACACUGGUCAUAGAAGAGGCUAAACCACAGCACACAGGCCGCUACACUGUUGUAUUGAAGGACCGCAAGAGCUCAGCAGAACACACGCUCACCCUCUCUGUCAUAGAGAGGCCUCAGCCUCCGGCCUCCUGUCCCGUGGUCUCCCUCGUCUCUGCCACCAGCCUCGUGCUGUCCUGGUCGGGCCCUUGCUACGACGGCGGCAGUGUCAUUCUGGGUUAUGUGGUCGAGGUGAAGAACAGAGGACGUGUUGAGCCCGGGUACUGGAGCGAGCUCACUGCCCAGUGUAGGAGCACCUCAUACAGAGUGUUCUCUGGGCUGCAACCUCAACAGGAAUACUGUUUCAGGGUGAGGGCCUACAACACAGUGGGAGUAAGCGAGCCAGGACCGGUGUCACCAGUGUUUAGGAUGGAGCAGAAAGGUGUUGUAGACAAACCGCAAGGAGAAGAGGCCCCUCAGGCGUAUUCCUGUGUCACUAUUGACUCUUCACACAAAGUCACUGAUCACUACAGUUUGCAGGAGAAACUGGGAAUGGGAAAGUUCGGCCUGGUGUUCAAGCUAACCCAUAAAGAGACAGGACGUGUGUGUGCAGGGAAGUUCUACAAAGGCCGACGUGCCAAAGAGAGGGAGGCUGCUCGUAAAGAGAUAGAGCUGAUGAACUACCUCCACCAUCCCAAACUGGUUCAGUGUCUCGGGGCAUACGAUCACAAGCCUGAGAUGGUCAUGGUCAUGGAGUUCAUCGCAGGCGGGGAACUGUUUGAGCGCAUUGUGGACGAUAACUUUGUGCACACCGAGUCUGCCAGUGUGCGCUACAUGCAGCAGAUCAUGGAGGGGAUAUCUUACAUGCAUCAGCAGAACAUCGUCCAUCUGGACAUCAAACCUGAAAACAUCGUGUGUGUUGACACCACUGGCACCUCCGUAAAGAUCAUCGACUUCGGACUAGCCUGCAGGUUUGAUGGCAACACACCUCUGAAGGUGAUGCACGGGACGCCAGAGUUUGUGGCACCUGAAGUGAUCAACUAUGAGCCUGUGGGUUUGACCACUGACAUGUGGAGCAUAGGAGUCAUCUGCUACAUAUUACUGAGCGGUGAGUCUCCCUUCCAGGGUAACAACGACGCAGAGACCCUCGCCUUGGUCACAGCCGCCCAGUGGGAGUUCGAUGAGGAGAGCUUUGAUGACAUUACAGACGAGGCCAAAGAUUUCAUCAGCUCCCUGCUCAACAAGGACACCAGGCGGAGGAUGUCCUGUGAAGAGGCUCUUGCCCACCCUUGGAUGGGAUUUGAGUCUGGAGAUCUCGCCACCUCCAAGAGUCUGUCCAAGGAGAAGAUGAAGAGGUAUCUAGCCAGGCAGAAGUGGAAGAAAGCAGGCAAGGCCUUGUUAGCCCUGAAGAGAAUGGCUCUGCUGUCGAAAGGUGACAGCUCUGCCCCGGGAUCUCCGACCAGCCCUGGAGAAGACGCACCCCUGAGCCCGGAGGCAGAGCACGCCCUGCUGUCUCUGGAGCGCAAGAUGCAGGGGCCACCCCAGUUCACCCAGAGCCUGGAGGACCAGACAGUGGCUCUGGGGUCCGGUGUCCAUCUCUCUUGUCACCUCACAGGAUACCCUGAUCCAGAGGUGGUGUGGCUGUGUGGUAAAGAGCCUGUGGAGGAGUCACCCACAGUGCAGAUAGAGUACGAGGAAGACGGCCGCUGUACGCUGUUCUUAGCCAAAGUCGGCCCAGAGGACGCCAACGUUUACACCUGUAGAGCCACCAAUGACCACGGAGAGACAUUCUGCUCCGCCAAGCUCAUUGUUCAACAGUAGAUUCAUCAGAUCUACGUAUGCAGAGAUAAAAUGUAUAAACAUAAUGUUCUUGAGUGCCUUUCAACAGUUGUGUUGUAGAUUCUUGUUUUAAUACAAAUGGGGACCAAACUGUAGAUCCUGUACUGUGGCUGGAAAUAUAGAAUACAUGUAUUAUUGUAAGAAAUGUAUGAACAGAUUAAUAUUGUUACAGAGCUACAAGCAUAAAGGUUGAUAUUUCUUCAUGGGACUAUAGUAUGAAUGAAUCUGACUUUGGCUCAUGGGUGAAUCAUUUUCAGCUGGCAAUAUGAAUGAAUUGAGGUAUCUCUUUUGAGAAACAAAUAAGCCUGAAAUGAUGCUGGUUGAAUGACAUAGUGUGGAUCUGACUUUGGAUUUCUGAUACAUGUUCAGCUUUUUAGGGCUUAAAAAAAAGAUUUCGACCCGAAAGAGACGCGAGCGGCAGAUUCUGAUUGUGCCGACUGUUAUGUGCUUUCAAUGGUAUGAAAAGAUCGAACCAUCAUACUAUACAUGCUUCAUGUUAGGAUAUUUUCACAGACCUGACACCAAACGUGAACACAGUUUUGACAGACUUUUAGUGAAAUAUCAAAAUCAAACCACAGCAUUAAAAACAUUUCAGGUUCAUACUUGUAUUUUGGGUUUCUGCUAGAACAUGUUUACAUGCUUUAAUGUUAAAAACUCAUGAGUCUCUUUAAGCCCUCUCCUGAAAAAGCCCAGUCUGCUCUGAUUGAUUUCUUGAUAGAAAUACAUGGCGCACCUUUGCAAAGGUAGUUCUCAAGCUGUGGGUGGUAUAUUCUAAUAAGCCUGCAUGUGUCAUAGGAAAGGGAGCCAAAUUUGAAUGGCUUGUUGAAUCACGUUUUCUGAUCUAGGCAGCCUACAAAAAACGGACGGGGUUGUUUUAUUUCACAGUUUGUGGGUUGGUAGGGACUCCAGAUACCCAGAUGUAUGAGCACAAACACUGAAAAAGGGAGUUUUUUCAUGAUAUGGUGCUCAUUGUCUAAAGUUAACCAUGUAUCUCAUCAAAAUGAUGAUUGACAUUUCAAAUAAAAUAAUCUCAACACUUCUAGGA